AUGAAGAAGAAAAGCCUGCGUCUCCCUGACUAUCUUUGGGCCUGGACCCUCCUUCUGGGCACACUGACUGGAAGAAGCUAUGGACAACCCUCAAUACAAGACGAACUUAAAGACAAUACCACUGUCUUUACCAGGAUUUUGGACCGACUCCUAGAUGGUUAUGACAAUCGCCUAAGACCAGGAUUGGGAGAGCGCGUAACUGAAGUGAAGACUGACAUCUUCGUCACCAGUUUCGGACCCGUUUCAGACCAUGAUAUGGAAUAUACCAUAGAUGUAUUUUUUCGUCAAAGCUGGAAGGAUGAAAGAUUAAAAUUUAAAGGACCCAUGACAGUUCUCCGGUUAAAUAACCUAAUGGCAAGCAAGAUCUGGACUCCAGAUACCUUUUUUCACAAUGGAAAGAAGUCAGUGGCACACAACAUGACCAUGCCCAACAAACUCCUGAGGAUCACGGAGGAUGGUACCUUGCUGUACACCAUGAGGUUGACAGUGAGAGCUGAAUGCCCAAUGCAUCUGGAGGACUUCCCUAUGGAUGCCCAUGCCUGCCCACUAAAAUUUGGAAGCUAUGCUUAUACCAGGGCAGAAGUUGUUUAUGAGUGGACCAGGGAGCCGGCACGCUCAGUGGUGGUAGCAGAAGAUGGGUCACGCCUCAACCAGUACGAUCUUCUUGGACAAACCGUAGACUCUGGAAUUGUUCAGUCCAGCACAGGAGAAUAUGUUGUUAUGACCACUCAUUUCCACCUGAAAAGAAAGAUUGGCUAUUUUGUUAUUCAAACAUACCUGCCAUGUAUAAUGACCGUCAUUCUGUCCCAAGUCUCCUUCUGGCUCAACAGAGAGUCUGUACCAGCAAGGACCGUCUUUGGAGUAACAACUGUGCUCACCAUGACAACUUUGAGCAUCAGUGCCAGGAAUUCGCUCCCUAAGGUGGCUUAUGCAACUGCCAUGGAUUGGUUUAUCGCAGUGUGCUAUGCCUUUGUGUUCUCCGCUCUGAUUGAGUUCGCCACCGUAAACUAUUUCACCAAGAGAGGUUAUGCCUGGGAUGGCAAAAGCGUGGUUCCAGAAAAGCCAAAGAAAGUGAAGGAUCCUCUUAUGAAGAAAAACAACACUUACGCUCCGACAGCAACCAGCUACACCCCUAACAUGGCCAGGGGUGACCCUGGCUUAGCCACCAUUUCUAAAAGUGCGACCAUAGAACCGAAAGAAGUCAAGCCAGAAGUCAAACCUCCAGAACCCAAGAAAACCUUUAACAGUGUCAGCAAAAUUGACCGCCUGUCAAGAAUAGCCUUCCCGCUGCUAUUUGGAAUCUUCAACUUGGUUUACUGGGCUACCUAUUUAAACAGAGAGCCUCAGCUCAAAGCCCCCACCCCACAUAAGUAG